GCAGUACUCGACAUGACAUGUGAUAACAGGUAGUGAAGGGCGGAGAGACGUGGCGCAAAUGCAUGAGCGCGAUUCCUGGUGACAAGAGUCUCUUCAGAAGUCAGACUGACCGCUAUGGCCACUAUGAAUGGUGCUCGAUUUUGGUUACGGCUUCAUAGGCGUCAUUAUUCCAGCGCGAUUAGGGUCACAUACCACAGAACACUGGACAGAAUCGAACUCAUGCUUCCGCCUAAACUGAGACCCCUGUACAACCAUCCAGCAGGGCCGAAGACAGUUUUCUUCUGGGCACCAGUUUGUAAAUGGGGUUUGGUCGCAGCUGGUUUUUCUGAUAUGACACGUUCACCAGAAAAGCUGAGCCUCUCCCAGUCAUGUGUCAUCACUGCCACAGGUUUCAUUUGGUCAAGGUACUGCUUGGUGAUUAUUCCUAAGAACUGGGCACUUUUUGCAGUGAACUUCUUUUUGGGCUUGUGUGGAAGCAUCCAACUCUUCAGAAUCUGGAGGUAUAACCAGCAGUUAAAGCAAGAAAAAGAUUUGGUAUGACGGUUCUAAAGCUGAAUAAACACAAUCAACUGAGUGCCGUUAUGAAUUACAUGACACAUGCUGUGAAAAAGAUGACUGAAUAAUAUUAUAUACUGUAUAUUAGUAUAUGUUAAUAUUCCUUCAUAACCUUUCCUAUUAAACAUAUUAAGUCUUGAGAACCAUUGUACAAAGGUCCAUUAAAAAUGUUUAAAAUGUG